AUGAGGAGCAGGGGACAAUCACCCCUUCCUACAUGGGAGGAAUACAUUUGGGCCUUGUGUGAUACCUUUGGAGCUGAAUAUACUGAUCCCAUGACUGAGAUCAUGAACAUUAAACAUACAGGGACAGUAAAGGACUAUCAAAGAUCCUUUACUAAUGUUAUGACUAGACUCAACAUAGCUGUAGAGCAUGCCAUCAACAUAUUUCUAAACAACCUAAAACCAGAACUCAGCAAUGCUGCCAAGAGGCAAUUGUUCUCACUAGAGCUGGAAGCAGGUGAGGUACUAAUAGAAGAGGAAGAAGAGGAGCAAAUAGAAGGGGAAGGAGAGGAGAUAGCUACAGAACUCCCUGAGAAUUGUGCUAUAUCUCUGCAGGCUCUAAAUGGAACCUUAGGCUACCAAACCUUGAGGUUAAGAGGGUUCACAGAACAAAAACCUUUGGAGAUCUUCAUCGACUGUGGUUCUACACACAAUUUCAUAGAUGAAGGAACAGCAACAAGGUUGGGAUGCCCAAUAAGCAAGACUAAGCCUCAGUUAGUACAGGUUGCUGAUGGUAGAGAAGUGCCUACAUAUAGCAUAUGCAAGGGGUUCAAAUGGUUAAUGCAAGGGGCUGUGUUCCCGGAUGAUUUCCUAGUAUUUCCAAUUGGCAAAAGUGAUAUAGUAUUGGGAAUACAAUGGCUCUACCCUCUAGAGGAUAUCAAGUUCAAUUUCAGAAAACUUAUGAUGGAGUUUGAAUAUAAAGGGCAACUGCUCACCUUACAAGGGAUUCAGCCAAAGUUCAAAACAGUUCUACCAAGAGCUAUCAGCAAAAUGACCAUUGAAGGAUCACAGUUCUUCAUGGUUAAGGUAAGAGAGGUUGAAUGCAAGGAAGUUAAUGUGACAGAACUUGAAGAGGGUGAGGGAUCAAAGGAACUUAAGGUGGUUCUUGCUGAAUAUGCAGGAAUAUUUGGAGAGCCAACACAGCUACCUCCUUCAAGAGGGGUGUUUGAUCAUCAUAUUCCCUUGAAGGAGGGCAUGAUAUUAGAAGCUUACAGAAAUAGUUUGGAAGAAAGGAGGGUCAAAAUUGGAUGUCAACACAGAUACUCACCAGUGCAGAAGGAUGUCAUUGAGACAAUGGUAAAGGAAAUGAUGGACCAAGGCAUCAUACAGUACAGUUCGAGCCCCUAUGCCUCUCCAGUGGUGCUAGUAAGCAAGAAGGAUGGGUCUUGGAGACUUUGUGUUGACUAUAGAGCCCUUAACAAGAUGACAAUUAAGGACAAAUUCCCUAUACCCAUUAUAGAAGAACUCCUAGAUGAGCUGGGAGGGUCACAGAUUUACUCCAAGAUAGAUCUCAAAGCAGGGAAAUUCAUCGUAGUUUUCUUUGAUGAUAUCCUAGUCUACAGCAGUAGUUUGGAAGAGCAUCUGCAACACUUAAGACUAGUCUUUGGAUUGCUACUUCAACACCAGCUGUUAGCAAAGAAGAGCAAAUGUGUCUUUGUUGCACAAAGGGUGGAAUACUUAGGUCAUUACAUCUCAGCUCAAGGGGUGUCAACUGAUCCGAGGAAGAUUGAAGCUGUCCAAUCAUGGCCUGAGCCUCAAUCAGUGACACAACUAAGAGGAUUUUUGGGGUUAACAGGGUAUUACAGUAGGUUCAUAAGAGGGUAUGGAGUGAAGCAAACCUCUCACUGA